AUGAUAGUUGAAAAUCUAUUCAUUUUGCACUUUAGUCAAUUUAAGCAUGCGUAUUUGGUCCGCUUAAGUGCUUCCGUUGAUGUAGUAAGACUUCUCAUAACUCAAGGAUUGGCAUUUCGAGGUCAUGAUGAAUCUAAAUCAUCACUUAGUAGGGGUAAUUUUCUUCAAAUUCUCUCAUGGUAUGCGAAAAAGUGUGAUAAUAUUCGUGAUUAUGUCUUUGAACAUGCUCCUCAAAAUGAUCAAAUGACUUCUCCAAUGAUUCAAAAAGAUAUUGUGAGUGCUUGUAAGAUAGAAAUAAUUAAAGCUAUUCUUGAGGAAUUAAAUGGUGACUACUUUUCUUUACUAGUUGAUGAGUCUUUUGAUGUGUCACGUAAGGAGCAAAUGGCUAUUGUCUUACGAUAUAUUGAUAGAAAUGGAUUUGUGAUGGAGCGGCUUCUUGACAUUGUUCAUGUUCAAGAUACUAGUGCUUUAUCUCUAAAGAGGGCAAUUGUUAAUUUACUUGCUCAACAUUCCUUAAGUCUAUCAUAUGUGCGUGGACAAUGUUACGAUGGGGCAAGCAAUAUGCAAGGUGAGAUCAAUGGCCUUAAAAUGUUGAUUAGGCAAGAAAGUAGAUCAGCCCAUUCCAUUUGUUGUUUUGCUCAUCAACUUCAACUAAUUCUUGUUACGGUUUCGAAAAAAUGUAUUAAAGUGGGAAAACUUGUAGUGUUGGUUUCAAAUAUUUUGAAUGUAUUGGGAUAUUCUUUUAAGCGUAUGGAUGAAUUUCGAGAUUCUCAAAAAGAAAGAAUUCAAGAGGCAUUAGAUUUGGGUGAGCUUACAACCUAG